CAGGACUGCAGGCCUGUCCUGUGUUGUCGCUGGAGGAAGAUGAGGCCAGGAAAAAGUAAGCUUUGAGGGGAGGAGUUGGAGGUAAAGGUGGUGUUUUGGCUUAGCUGAAGAGCUCUUUCUGCCUGGGCCUUUCCUAGACCUUUGAAGAAAAGCAGUGUCCUGGUGAUUUACAGUGUUCAGAAAAUAAAACUGACCAUUGUUUAUUGGUGGUGCACCAUACCCGCAAGUUAAAAGAAAGGCAGUAUGGUGGUUAUUCAGUCUUCAGAAAAUAAAACUGACUGUUGUUUAUUGGUGGUGUACCAUACCCGAAAGUUAAAAGACAACUUUUCCGGCUGUGCUGUGGUGUGUGUGUGUGCUGGCUACCACACAUACUUCUCAGCUUCUCUUAGGCCGCCCUAAUAAGUGACCACAGACAGGGUGGUUUAAACAAAUCUAUCCCCUUGUAGUUUUGGAGGCUAAAACCAAAACCAACCAACCCAACCAACCAACCCAUUGCUGCGAAGUCAAUUACAACUCAUAGUGACCCUGUAGGACAGAGUGGGACUGCCCCAUAGGGUUUCCAAGACUGUAAUCCUUACGGAAGCAGACUGCCACAUCUUUCUCCCUGGGAGCGGCUAGUGAGUUCGAACUGCCAGCUUUCUGGUUAGCAGCUGAGCACUUAACCACUGUGCCACCCACUGCCGUUGAGUCAAUCCUGACUCAUAGCAACCCUAUAGGGCUUCUAAGACUUGAAGUCUCUAUCAAAACUGAUUGCCACAUCUUUGUCCCUUGGCGCUGCUGGUGGUUUCACACUGUUGACCUUUCAGUUAGCAGUUUCUCGCUUUAACCACUAUACCACCAGAUCCUUUAACCACUGUGUCAGAUGUGAAAUCAUUCACUACAGAUUAGUAAGUAAACACAAAUAAGCUGGUGCAUACCUUGCUAACUGGUUAAUCCGCCCUUGCCUCCUCCCUCUUUUCCACCCUGUGUCCUCUCCUCAGACGGUAUUCACAGGGAAUACGUACUGCUCACACAAUUUCAAAAAUCAAUGCAGUGUUCUUGCUGUAACGUAGAGGAGAGAUAAAAAGCAAGCAGUUUAUGACAAAGUAAUGUAUUUAAACAUGGAGUUCCUGGGCAUGGCUGGACACCCAGGUCCUUGAACUGGACCUAAAUCCCCCAGUAACCACUCAGCAAAAGAGAGAAGUGGGUUGAGGCCUCUUGGUGACUCAGAUCCCGCAAGGGCUGUUAGGCUGGUGACAAGACCUUCAGAGGCCGUGGAAAGCUCUAAGUGAAGUUCCAAACCAAAGAGAAUAUAGCCUGGAAGCGCUACAGUGCACGUUAAAACUGCAGAAAUCUGGAACAAAUGGAAUUUGGAUCUCGCUGAGGUAGUGAGGCAGGUUCUUCACCUGCGGAAGGCAGGAGACCCUCGAGGUUGGUCUUCAUUAUGCUGGCGUCCUUCUGUGAGGGGGCGGUCCCUCCCCGCUCUGCCCCCUAAGUGAAGCCCCGUGGAGAGCCCGCCACCCUCGCACUGGGCUUUGUAGUGUUGUGUGCACAAGGCUGGUGUCCACCAGGGUCAGCCUCACUGGGUCCCAGUCCUGGCUCGGCCGCUGCUGCUGCGUGAUUGUACGCAGAAGGACCUCAGUGCCCACACCCCACAAUGGGGACCACAGCCCCCAUCACUGAGGGAUGCUAUGCGAGCUAAACGCAGUAAAAGCCUGGGAAACCAGGGCUCAAGUUUUGGAUUCUGUCCUCCCACCUGCCCACCAUUCUGCUGACACCCAGAAACAACCAGCUGUUGCCCCAAGGCAGGGGGCUUCUGGGAGUGGGGAAGCUGCAGUUGUGUUGGGACUGGCUGUCCAUGACUCCUGCCCUCCGCUGCCCGUCCCCUGGAGGCAGUCAGCUUCCCCACAGUGUGGCGGCUGAGCCCGUCCCCUGGAGGCAGUCAGCUUCCCCACAGUGUGGCGGCUGAGCCCGUCCCCUGGAGGCAGUCAGCUUCCCCACAGUGUGGCGGCUGACGACUGCAGGAGAGAUUCUCCCAGAGUGCGUAGUGGCUAUGUUUUUGUAACACCCUGCCUGCUGUCCUCCAGUGGUUAAAUCGGGGCAAAAGUCCCUGCCUCUAGAAGGGAAGAGUUUCAGCGUUGCAUUGUGACCAGAGCACGUGGGUGGACGAUGCCUUGGUGGCCAGAUUGGAAGACGUUCCUGCACAGUGCCCAGCCCUUCAUCUCUGUUUAUUGAUGAUUUGUCCUGGGAUGAAAGGCUUUUUUUUUUUUUUAUUAACAUAACCUCAACAUUUUAUUGCCUUCAUAAUACAACCAAAGAUGAAGUUUAGAACUGGGUCACUUGGCCCUUUCUCUUCUCAGCCCUUGUCAGUUCAAAAUCUCUUAAUAGUCAACAUUCUCUCAGACCUGCAGUUGGUUUCACCUCAUUUGAGCCUCAAAACAGUCUUCUUUGUAGUCUUAGCCUUCUUCCGGAAAGUCAGCUUAGUCUGCCCACCAAUCCCCCCUGCUUCCUGUCAUGACGCUGCUUUCCCUGGGCACACAAGGCACACAGGGCACACUUGCCCUUCUUUGUACUGUGUCACUUUGUGGGGUUGGUGCUUGCCACACUUUCCACGACACUCCUUCCUUCCUCUGGAGAGGGCCCUGCCGUCUGGGCAAGGGUGGGCAGGCGGGCGAGGAGUCCAGGUCCUGGGUUUAUCCUUCAGUAUCGUCAGCGUGCCUGUGGCUCCUUACUGACUGGCCUUUCUGUCACAGGCUGCAGCAAGGUGCUGCUGAAGCCCCAGACAACAGAGGAGGUGUCGCAGAUACUCAGGUGGUCAGCUUCCACAGCGUGUCUGGGAUCCUGGUGUGCCAGGCUGGGUGCAUCCUGGAGGACCUCAGCCAGUAUCUGGAGGAUCGCGACUUUGUCAUGCCUCUGGACCUGGGCGCCAAGGGCAGCUGCCACAUCGGGGGGAACGUGGCCACCAACGCGGGUGGCCUGCGAGUCCUGCGGUAUGGCUCACUGCACGGGACGGUCCUGGGCCUGGAGGUGGUGCUUGCAGAUGGCACCGUCCUGAACUGCUUGACCUCCCUGAGGAAGGACAACACAGGCUAUGACCUGAAGCAGCUCUUCAUUGGGUCAGAGGGCACGCUGGGGGUCAUCACUGCUGUGUCUAUUCUGUGUCCAACGAAGCCCAAGGCUGUGAACGUGGCUUUCCUCGGUUGUCCUGGCUUCGCUGAAGUUCUGCAGGCUUUCACGUCCUGCAAGAAGAUGCUGGGCGAGAUCCUGUCUGCCUUCGAGUUCAUGGACGCCGAGUGCAUGCGGCUGGUGGGGCAGCACCUGCACCUUGCCUGCCCUGUCCGAGAAAGUCCGUUCUACGUCUUGGUGGAGACCUCAGGCUCCAGUGGGGAGCAUGAUGGCGAGAAGCUGGACGGCUUUCUGGAGCACGCCAUGGGCUCUGGCAUGGUGACUGAUGGGACUGUGGCUACAGACCAGAGGAAGAUGAAGACACUAUGGGCCCUGCGUGAGAGGAUCACGGAGGCACUGAGCCGGGACGGCUACGUGUACAAGUACGACAUCUCCCUGCCAGUGGAGCGGCUCUAUGACCUGGUAACGGACCUGCGUGCCCGCCUCGGGGCCAGUGCCAAGACCGUGGUGGGCUACGGCCACCUGGGGGAUGGUAACCUGCACCUGAACGUGACGGGGGAGGCCUUCAGCCCACAGCUCCUGGGCGCCCUGGAGCCCUACGUGUAUGAGUGGACGGCUGCGCAGCGGGGCAGCGUUAGCGCCGAGCACGGCCUGGGCUUCCGCAAGCGAGACGUCAUCAGCUACAGCAAGCCACCGGCCGCCGUGCAGCUCAUGUCGGGGCUCAAGGCUCUGAUGGACCCCAAGGGCAUCCUGAACCCCUACAAGACGCUGCCCUCCCAGGCCUGAGGGUGCCAGGCUGGGGGUCUGGGGCAGCCUGGGGACCUGGGGCGGGGCCCACUGUUUCACCCAGACGCCUGCUCUGGUCUGCACUCCCGUCUCCAGGUGGGAGCGUGCGCGGUGUCGCCCUCUCUGUGCUCCUUGUUCUGUGUCCUCUGGAGGCUGGCUGGGCCUGGGAAGAAUCAAGAGGGGCCCAAGGUGCUUUGCCCACUUGGGUGGGGUGGCAGGGCUGGAGCAGGCAGGCAGGAGCCUCUGCCUGUUGGAGCCGGUAUUGGCCUGCGGGGCCAGAAGGAGCACAGGCGCUGGGCUUCCUCGGGGUCCCUAGUGCAGCGCUCUGUUGGCCACGCAGCGAGGCUUGGGGACAUCCCCUCUCUUCACAGGGUCGGGGAGCCUGACCUCCUCCGCACACAUCCUGGGCAGGCGGUCCACUCAGGAACAGGGAACAAGCCGGGCUUCUCCCACUUGUCCCUGGGGGCACCUGUCACCGUUGUGGCCCUCCACCAUCCACCUUCCAGAGGGGGCACAGGCUUGAGGUGGUCCUGCAGGGUGCUGUCACAGGGUGGGGAUUGCAACUGAUGUCACAUAACAGUGUGUGUGCAAGUUUUCAUAUGAGAAAUUGACUUGACCUAGGUGAAAGUUUACAGUUUACAGCUCACCGUCUGUGCCAGCUGGCACCACCUUGUCACACGUCCAGUGUUUGCCUGGCUGGCCCUGGGGUCCCAGCUCUGGGUGACCUGCAGAAUGUAUCUGCCCAGCCACACAGGUGUGUCCUCUCCCCCAUGGCUGUCUGUGCCAGUUGACACCAUCUUGUCACACGUCCAGUGUUCGCCUGUGUGGCCCUGGGGUCCCAGCCCUGGGUGACCUGCAGGAUGUACUUGCCCACCCACACAGGUGUGUCCUCUCCCCCACAGCCGUCUGUGCCAGCUGGCACCAUCUUGUCACAUGUCCAGUGUUCACCUGGCUGGCCCUGGGGUCCCAGCUCUGGGUGACCUGCAGAAUGUACCUGCCCACCCACACAGAUGUGUCCUCUCCACAGCCAUCUGUGCCAGUUGGCACCAUCUUGUCACAUCGUCCAGUGUUUGCCUGGCUGGCCCUGGGGUCCCAGCUCUGGAUGACCUGCAGGAUGUACCUGCCCACCCACACAGGUGUGUCCCCUCACCCAUGACAGCCAGUCUGCAGCAGAGCAUGCUGGAACCCUCCAGGACAGCCAUUGGAGGGGAGGCUGUGCUCUGAGCAGGGUGUGGGAGGAGCAGGGUGCGGGGGUGCGUGGCACUACACGGACGCCCCUGUGCGGCAGAGAUGCGGGCUGGGAGGGGAGGGUGCCUGGGGGCUGGGGUAGGAAGGAGACUAAUUUCUACAUUUUUGGAAGGUUUGGAUUUUUAUUUUCGCCAAGUACACAUUAACAAACCAGGUAACAAGAUGAUUCAGGCACCCCGGUAGGAGGCAAGCUGCUGCUGUGCCAGGCAGGACAGCUACACUUACCUGGCCCAGGUGGUACAUGAGGUGGCCUGUGAGGUGGCCAUGUUUGCUGGCUCCUGAGUCAGGUGAUUGCCUCUGUCCACCUCCUGCCACCCAGGAUGGUUGCAGACCCCAGGCGAAGCCUGCCCAGAGGAGGAAACACACCCCUGCACCUGGACCCUGUAACCCCUCCCCCCACCCCCAACUGUCCCCCAGAGGCCCUUUUCCUGGCCAGAGUCCUAGGGCCCCAGCUGGCUGUGGGUGGGCCACCCUGGCGGGGUUGGGGGGGUCUUAGCCCCAGCUUGAUUUAAGGACACCGGUACUGGCCCAGCAAGGUGGGUGGGUCAGGAUGCCUGUGACGCCCGCCCCCCUGGAUUGUGUGGCCUGUCCCCACUGCCCCAGAACCACUGUCUACAGAACUGGUCUCGCCAGCCCCCCAUUCUCUGCUGGGAUUUAAAACAAGCCCACUCUGGGCAAAGGCCCUCAGCAGUCCUGGCAGGGGUCUGGCUGGGCCUGGGCUGUGCCCCCCAUGGGCCGCCCGUGCUCCGAGGGCCCCUUCUGCCAUGUGGCUCUGUGGGUCCCUGUGAGCACCCCAUGGCUGAGACGCCACCCUGCUGCAGCAGUCUUCCCUGUCCACCCCGGCCUGGGCACCACAGCCUUCCUGGUCAGUUGCAGCCCCUGAAGCCAGCCUUUUCCAGCUGUUUGCCCUGGCUCUGCCCUGCCCCUGGCUGUGGGUCACCUGCCAAGGGCACCUCAAAGAACAGUGCAGCCAGUACAGAAAGUGGGCUCCCAGGCCACUUUCUCCAGCCAAGCCCACCUGCUGCUGAACAGGAUAAAGAGAAAAACCCGACCAAUCAGGGUGUCCACCUGCAGACAAGAGGGGAGGGGCCCUGCCAGGACCUUCCUGGAGCCUUGAGGGGUGGGAGGGACAGCCUUUGUGUCUGGAUUAGGGGGAGCUCAGAAUUUCACCUUCAGGGUGCUGAGCCUGGAACGUGAGAAGAUGUUAGUUACAUAAGAGGGGUUGGGAGAGUGGGAAGGAGCCCUGGUGGCACAGUGAUCCAGCGCUUUGCUGCUAACCAAAAACUGGCCCUCGGGAGAACGAUGUGACAGUCUGCUUCCAUAAAGAUUUACAGCCUUGAAAACCCUAUGUGGCCGUUCUGCUCUGUCCUGUAGGGUCGCUAUGAGUUGAAAUCCACUUGAGGGCAAUGGGUUUUGGAUAAAUGGGGGGAUUUGGAGGGGAUGAGGGAUGGCAUGGGGCUCAGGUCUCAGCCCAAAGGAACAGAUUAUUUCAAGAGAAAGGGUGGGCGGGGAACAGUCACCCCUCCAGACCCCAGGGUUGAGGUGGGGAUCAGGAGUGCCCUUGCCCCGUCUGGUUAUAGCUGAGGACCCAGGAGGCUCACAAGAAGGUUGGGUUCAAAGGGUAGAGGAUCCAGGAGCAAUAUCAUAGUGUUGUUGCCCUGUGCUCCACAGGUGGACCCUGGGGCAACUUGCCU